AGCUAAUUUAAUGCAACAAAGAAAAUUUUCGAAGGACAAUAACCAUGAGUAAAGGUGGGAGCUAUGGCGGAGGCCAGAGUUCGCUGGGCUACCUGUUUGGGUCUGAGCAGCAGCCGGCGACAGCCCCAGUCGCCCCAGUCGUUACCAGGCCACCAUGGGGAGAUGAUAACAGCACAGAGAAUGCACCCUAUCUUCUAUCUCCAGUGCAGAAACGCGAUGCCCCCGACCAGAGAGAUCGGGGCUCGAACACGGGAACCUUCAUAACUGACCGUCCGUCCACCAAGGUUAAGUCAGUUCCUGGGGGAAACUCAUCUCUCGGCUACUUGUUUGGAGAUAAGUGAACGUUGCUCUCUCUCUCUCUCUCUCGCAACUCUUUCUGACAGAGAUUCAAGUUGUGGGUUCCUAACAGAGUCUAAAAUAAGGGUCUCAGUUCCCAUUAAUAUGUGAAUUUGCUAAACUACUUAAUUAUUGCUUGAACUUGUAUGGUGCUCUCUCUCUCUCUCUCUCUCUCUCUUAUUUAAGGUCGAUGAUUGAGGAUCUAUAUUGGUGUUUAAUAUAUAGAACAUACAGAUGGAAAAAGAUUGAAGACAUAAUAGAGUCUGUACUUGGUUUUCUUGUAUAUAUAAAAGACCGCCGGUUGCAGCGUCCUCGUUUGAAUUAUGAGAUGUCUUUUGAUUUAAUUUCUUAAUAAACUCGUGAUGAUAUUUACUUUGAACAACAUGUAUCAGGGGAUGUAAUUAAUUAAUCAACAUCUCCAAAUUAUGCAUCGUUAUGUUGAUGCUUCUUUAUUUCAGAUUGCUUGUUAUAUAUGGAAGUGGAACCAAUUUAACUCA